CCGAGCCACGCUGUAAAGCCAGUCUAAACAACUCCAGACGAACUUCUGACCACAAGCAGUUUCGGACUCUCCCGUUAAAAACGCUGAGAUUUAACAAAGCAGGCGAAAAUACCAACUUCACCAGGACUUGGUCAUAUUUUUCCUUUUUUUUUAGUUUAAACAGUUGAACUUUUUUUCUCCUUUUUUUCCUCCUUUCUAGUGUUUGUCCCUCUUUUUUUUUCCUUUCUCUCUUUGGUCAUUAAGAUGAAGAAUCUGUGGCUGUUGUUUCUCGUCGGACUGUCGACUGGGUUCAUAAAUGAAAAGAUCUUUGUCUUGUCCCAGUCAAUGUCUACCAUUGCAGAUGACCUGUACAUGGAAGGCCAAACAUCAGGUGGCUUCCCCAUAGAUGAUGAGGAUAAUGAUGCUGAUGGAUCAGGCUCUGGAUCUGGAGACUAUGCUUUCCGCGAUCGUGAGGAACUGUUUCGGAGGAUCCUUAACGCGUCUAAGUCAUCAGUUUCCAAUGAAAUGCCACAGCCAACAUCGAACUCUCCACAGAACCCAACAACCACAGGGGAAGAUUUGGCGCUCUCAGAGCAGGACAGUGAUGACUGGAACAGACAGAGUGAGAUUCCCAGUGCGAAACCAACAUCUGUCAUACACGCUCACAGCUCUGGUCCCAGCAACGAGCCUCUCGAUGAAGCUACUACUGAGUUCAACAUGGACAUCAGUGUGGGAAAAAAUGGUGAUAACAGAGUGGAUAAUUGGAAUGAUGGCACAUCCGAAGAGAGAGACAUGAACAACGAGGUUGAAAAAGAAAUUAUUGCUGAAGGGGCUCGAGGUGGCAGAUUACUCAACAAUCCUCAGGAAGUGACCUCUGAGAACAUGUGGGAGAGGACGGAGGUGCUGGCAGCUGUGAUAGCAUGUGGAGUGGUUGGAUUCCUCUGUGCAGUUUUUCUCCUGCUCCUCCUCGCCUAUCGCAUGAAAAAGAAGGAUGAAGGAAGCUAUGACCUGGGAGACACUAAACUUUCUGCAACAGCUUAUCACAAAGCACCUACCAAAGAGUUCUAUGCUUAAAGUAACCAAUGGGGACAAUCUAAAGACAAUCUGGACUAAUAUGGAUCUAUGACCAGCUGAAGAUGAAUCAUUUCAAUGAAGUUUGAAGUCAAACACCUCUGCUCUUAUCGAGUCCUCCUACAGGGAUUCGUUUCCUUGUCAAUCCCACAUUCAUCCCCUACAAUGUUUGUCUUCUUCUCUACAUAAUGUUCAGUUUUGUGCAGACGGCAUAAUAAGGAAACAAAGCAAAGCUCUUAAAACGCGUUGCUGUCAUUCUCUGCAACGGAACAGCUUAGCCAUAAAUACAUGCUGCAUUUUUAUUAAAAGGAUUUUUCCUUACUAUCACAGUGGAUCACAUCCGUUCUAGCAUGGAAAGUUGUUAACUUGUAACCUUUUUGAGAAAACUGUUCAUUCAGACCAUCUUUAGUACUUUUUUUUUUUUUUUUUUUUUUUUUUUGGAACCACACUGUUUUUAUUUUUCAGGAUCUAAAGCAUAACCUGACAAACUUGGAUUUUUCUUAUUUUUUUGUUCCGGUGGUUUUCAUUCAAAUGGUACUUUAUAUAGGGUUAGUAUUAUAAAGAGCCUUCUAAAGCUGAUUCCCCUUUUUCCUUUUGAAGUCAUUUUUGCUCUGCUUGUUGAUGGCUUUGUAUGUGUUUCAUUUAAUUUUCUGUACGCUUCUUGCUCAAAUGAGUAUUUUUGUUAUGAUAUUGAGUAUGUAUUUUCAUAUGCAGUCCAGUAUUGCUAAAAGAGAUUUUGUUACUCUGCAGGUACAAACAUGUGUGUCUUCUCAUAGAUAUUUGACACUUAAAGAACUGACCAAAUAUACUGUAAAUGUGCUUUAUUUGUCUUAUGAAAGUAAUUUUUGUAGCUUUUUCAAUGUUUUAAUCUGUAGUGAUUCUCUUUGUUUGCCAGUUUUAAAGAGAUUAAAUUUCUUAUAUUGAUA